UCUUCUUCCUCCUCCUCCUCCUCCUCCAGCGCCGCCAUGGGACAAAAGCAGCGCUGAGACAGCGAGGGCCGCUCCGUGCCCUCCUCGGCAUGGCGGCCCCGCGCCGCUAGGCUCGGCCGGGGGCUCGCCGCCUCCUUCUUCUCCUUUCUUUUUCCUUUCUCUCCGGCCAUGCCGAGCGGCGGCGGGGCUGCGGCUUCUCCCCCUCCUCUCCCUUCUUCUUCCUCCUCCUCCUCCAAGGGGCAGCCGCCGCCUCGCCUCCUGCUGCCGCCGCUGCUGCUCCUGCAGCCGCCCGCCGCCCUCCUGCGCCAUCGCCUCGCCGGGCUCGGGCUCCGCCACCGCGGGCAGCCCCCGGGGGAGAGGAGGAGGAGGAAAGGGGACGGCACCGCACCCCCGGAGCCCCCCGAGGAGGAGGAAGAGGAGGAGGAGGAGGUGGAGGAAGAGGAGGAGGAAGCCGAGGAGGGGGAUCUGGAGCUGGACGAGGAGGAGGAGGAGCUGGAGGGGGAGGAAGAAGAGGAAGAAGAAGAGGAGGAGGAGGAGCCGGCUGCGCUGCUGCCGCCCUCCUCGCCCUCGCUGCCUCCUCUUCCUCCUCCUCCUCCUCCCCUGCUGCCGGGGCUGGGCUCGGUGCUGCUGUCGCCGGCUUUCGAUGCCCAGGAGGCGGCGGCGGCGGCGCUGUACGGGGCGGGCGAGCCGCGGGGCAUGAUGGCGGCGGGGCUGCCCCCCGCCUACAGCAACGAUGGAGGAGGUGGAGGAGGAGGAGGAGGAGGGGGGGGAGCAGCCGCCACAAACGGCGAGCAGGCGGCGCUGCUCCGCCGAAAAAGCGUCAACACCACCGAGUGUGUCCCCGUGCCCAGCUCCGAGCAUGUGGCCGAGAUCGUGGGCCGCCAGGGUUGCAAAAUCAAAGCGCUGAGGGCCAAGACGAACACGUACAUCAAGACCCCCGUUCGCGGCGAAGAACCCAUCUUCGUCGUCACCGGGCGGAAAGAGGACGUAGCCAUGGCCAAAAGGGAAAUCCUCUCGGCCGCCGAGCACUUCUCCAUGAUCAGAGCGUCGCGGAACAAGAACGGCCCUGCUUUGGGAGGUUUGCCCUGUACCCCAAACCUUCCCGGGCAGACCACGGUCCAGGUCAGGGUGCCUUAUCGCGUAGUCGGGCUGGUGGUGGGCCCGAAAGGAGCUACCAUCAAAAGGAUCCAGCAGCAGACCCACACCUACAUCGUCACCCCCAGCCGGGACAAGGAACCCGUCUUCGAAGUGACGGGGAUGCCGGAGAACGUGGACCGGGCGCGCGAGGAGAUCGAGAUGCACAUCGCCAUGCGCACGGGCAACUACAUCGAGCUGAACGAGGAGAACGAUUUCCACUACAACGGGACCGACGUCAGCUUCGAGGGAGGCGCCUUGGGGUCCGCCUGGCUCGCUUCCAACCCCGUCCCCCCCAGCCGCGCCAGGAUGAUCUCCAAUUACAGGAACGACAGCUCCAGCUCUUUGGGAAGCGGCUCCACCGAUUCCUAUUUCGGAAGCAAUAGAUUGGCUGACUUCAGCCCCACCAGUCCCUUCAGCACGGGCAACUUUUGGUUCGGAGAAACGCUGCCUUCCGUGGGCGCCGAAGAGCUCGGGGCCGACUCCCCCGCCUACGACUCCUUCCCGCCGCCGUCCCAAACCAUUUGGAGCCCUUUCGAACCCGUCAACCCCCUCGCCGGCUUUGCCAACGACCCCACGGGGAACGCCAAGCCUCAGCGCCGCGGGAGCCAGCCCUCCACCCCUCGCCUGUCGCCCACUUUGGCGGAAAGCUUGGAGCACCCCUUGGCGAGGAGGGCGAGGAGCGAUCCCCCCGGCGCCGCUCUUCCCGUCUACAUCCCGGCUUUUUCCAACGGUACCAACAGCUACUCCUCUUCCAACGGGGGCUCCACCUCCAGCUCGCCCCCGGAGUCGAGGCGCAAGCACGACUGCGUCAUCUGCUUCGAGAGCGAAGUGGUGGCCGCCCUGGUCCCCUGCGGCCACAACCUCUUCUGCAUGGAGUGUGCCAACAAGAUCUGCGAGAAGGAAACGCCCUCGUGUCCCGUUUGCCAGACAGCUGUUACUCAGGCAAUCCAAAUCCACUCUUAAGUAUCUAGAGAUGAUGAUAUUAUUAUUAUUAUUAUUAAUUAUUAUUAUUAUAUAUGGACAUCUAAAGGCAUGGGUGUAACGGUACCCUCUAGUAAACCUCCUAAGUCAUUCUGACUGUUGGGCUUUCUUGGGAUUAGGCUAAAGUUUGGUCAUAAAUAUCCGUUCCUAAAAGGCUGCUACGGUAACACUAAACCUCGGUGGUCUCGGCACGCUUAGCAGAGACGCACCUGGUGCGACACGGCACGGCGAGGGGAAGUUUGGAGCGCCGACACAACCGCAACACCAAUUUUUCCAGGCUUUCCGACGGCUCUCGGUCGAGCGUUGGGACUUGUGUGCGCUGGCAGCGACGAACCUCAGAGCCCGAGCACAGAAGCCCGCUGCGCGGAGGCUUUGUGGCAUUACCAAGAUAUCAAAACAACACUUCCAAUGCUGCCUUCUUUACACUGCCAGUUUUGAAAACAAAAAAAAAAAAAACAGGUUUGGGGAAAUCUUUUUUUUUUUUCCUUUUUUUUUGCGCCUGAUGCAACGACUUACGCCUAAUUCUCUUCAGCAUUGCAAAUGCUUUUUUUUUUUUUUUUUUUUAAAUGGAUUUUUUUUUUUUUUAGAUGGAUUUCUUGAGAAGGAUUUCAGGUUUUCAGCAGGAUCAGGUGAAUUACUGCUAACGGUGAGCGGGGAGGGAAGGAGAAGCUGCCCGCUGCACCUCCCGUCUUUCGCCCAAGGUGGUCAGAGGAUCAGGAACGUAUCGCCUCGAUCGGGAAUUCCACCCCACUGCUUUUUCUUAAUGUCAAGUGGAAGAGUUCUGGCUGGCUUCGUCCCAUUUCAGUAAGGGCUUUGGGACGCACACACUUUGAAGAGUGAGGAUGCUGACAUUCCGUUCGUUAGUCCGAUCAAGCUGUUCUUAAAUUGUUUAGAGUGCGUAGCUUCAAAAUGUGAAGCCUUUUUAUGUUGGAUCCGUAUUUGUCUUGCACAUACGUAAAGAUAUAUUUUAUUUUUAGUAACGGAAAGGAAAAAAAAAAUAAGGGGGGUGCGUACGUGCCCUCGUGUUACUCGUGACAGUGGCCCUGCAAUCAGUUGACUUCAUUUCAAACCCGUCUUUCCAAUCACCGGGCGAAACGCCUCCGGAGCGCGCUUCGUACAUUUCAACCUGUGGAUGUUCCUCGCUUUUUUUUCAUCCUCAGUACGUUCCCAAAUCUGUGCUGGCAUCUAUUAAAACUACAAAAAAAAAAUACAAAAAAAAAAAAAAAGGACACAAAGGGGAGUUCCGGUGGAUUUUUCUAUUUUUUUUUUUUUUGAAGCAUUAUUUUCCCAAGACAAAGCUUUUUUCUCAGUAUAACAGGAAAAACAACACAAAAAAAAAAGAAAUUCUAUGUGUAUUGAACUAGUAAAUAGACAGAAACUUUAUUUUUUAUUUCCACUUGAAGAGUUACAUUUCGUAUCAAAGUUUACAGAUAACGGUUUUUAUUUUGGGAUUUUUUCAGUCUGAGAGUUGCCUUGAGGGCACGAUUACCGUGACGCAGAACUUUUCCAAGCUCCUUUUGCUUGUAGGGCUCUAGCUCCACGUCAGUAUUGAACCCGAAGCUCUAGCUGCAGGCGUGUAGAUAACGAACCGGCCUUCACCCAGCAUGUUAUUUUGUAUUUUAGCGCAUCGUACACGGCAACUAAUAAGCCAAGGAAUCGACGAGACGUUAGGUGCGUGUACCCUUUAUAAACCACGAACUAAGAAUGGUUAAAAAACAAAAAAAACGACUCUCGAGCUAGUUUAGGAUUUGCUAAUUUUACUACACUUUUUGUUAUGUAUAUGUAGGGAGGUCUCAUAGGGAUUAUGAAUUCAAUUUGAGUAAAGUUUAAAAAAAAAAAAACAUAUAUUUUAUGAUAAAAGGGCCUUUAACUUAUGAUGGCCAAAGCACUGAUAUUAUAUAUUUGCUGUAAAGAGAAUUAUAAGAGUUUUAUUUUUCUGAUAUUAAAAGUUACUUAAUAAAGACUUGUUUCCAUUA